AAUCCAAAGGGGUAAUGAUUUAUCAAACUCGUCUUAUCAAGAAGAUGUCAACCGAAGGGCACCUUGCCUUGCACUGACGCAAACCUGGCCUUUCCCGAGGAGAUAUAGAAAGCGCCUGUACUGCCAGAGCAGAACCUAGCCUGGUCCAUAGCGGGUUCCACUCCACGGGCUCAUCUCUUGCCAGUGUCAGACAUGGACUGCAGUGCCCCCAAGGACAUGAACAAACAACCAGCCAGCAGCCGGGAGGCCGCGGCGCCGGGUCCCCGGGACAGCCCGUGCGCGCCCAGGACCAGCCCGGAGCAGGAGCUCCCCGCGGCCGCCGCGCCGCCGCCCCGCGUGCCCAGGUCCGCAUCCACCGGCGCCCACACUUUGCAGUCCGCGGACGCGCGAGCCUGCGAGGCCGAGCGGCAGGGAGUGGGGUUUUGCAGCCUCAGCGGCCCGCGGGACUCAAGCGAAGGGCCCGGCAACGCGCUGGCCUGUAAGAUCCCGGCUCUGCGCGGCCCGGAGGGGGACGCGACCGUGAGCGUGGGGAAGGGCACGCUGGAGCGCAACAACACCGCUACCGUGGGCUGGGUAAACAUGAGCCAGAGCACCGUGGUGCUGGGCUCGGACGGAAUCGCUUCGGUGCUGCCGGGCAGCGUGGCCUCCGCUGGCGCACAGGAGGACGAGCAAGGGGAUGAGAAUAAGGCUCGAGGGAACUGGUCCAGCAAACUGGACUUCAUCCUGUCCAUGGUGGGGUACGCAGUGGGGCUGGGCAAUGUCUGGAGGUUUCCCUACCUGGCCUUCCAGAACGGGGGAGGUGCUUUCCUCAUCCCUUACCUGAUGAUGCUGGCACUGGCUGGGUUGCCUAUCUUCUUCCUAGAGGUGUCCCUGGGCCAGUUUGCCAGCCAGGGGCCAGUGUCUGUGUGGAAGGCUAUCCCAGCUCUGCAAGGCUGUGGCAUCGCGAUGCUAAUCAUCUCCGUCCUAAUAGCCAUAUACUACAAUGUGAUCAUUUGCUACACACUUUUCUACCUGUUUGCCUCCUUUGUGUCCGUGCUGCCCUGGGGUUCUUGCAACAACCCUUGGAAUACGCCAGAGUGCAAAGACAAAACCAAACUUUUAUUAGACUCCUGUGUUAUCAGCGACCACCCCAAAAUACAGAUCAAGAACUCAACAUUCUGCAUGGCAGCCUAUCCCAACCUGACCACGGUUAACUUCACCAGCCAGGCCAACAAGACGUUCGUCAGUGGGAGUGAAGAGUACUUCAAGUACUUUGUGCUGAAGAUUUCUGCUGGAAUCGAGUAUCCUGGUGAGAUCAGGUGGCCGCUAGCCUUCUGCCUCUUCCUGGCUUGGGUGAUCGUGUACGCAUCCCUGGCUAAAGGAAUCAAGACUUCAGGAAAAGUGGUGUACUUCACGGCCACGUUCCCUUACGUCGUGCUGGUGAUCCUGCUCAUCCGGGGAGUCACGCUACCGGGAGCUGGGGCUGGCAUCUGGUACUUCAUCACACCUAAGUGGGAGAAGCUCACGGAUGCCACGGUGUGGAAAGAUGCUGCCACUCAGAUUUUCUUCUCUCUAUCUGCUGCCUGGGGAGGUCUGAUCACUCUUUCUUCUUACAACAAAUUCCACAACAACUGCUACAGGGACACUCUGAUUGUAACCUGCACCAACAGUGCCACGAGCAUCUUUGCUGGCUUCGUCAUCUUCUCCGUCAUCGGCUUCAUGGCCAACGAGCGAAAGGUCAACAUUGAGAACGUGGCGGAUCAAGGGCCAGGCAUUGCAUUUGUGGUUUACCCAGAAGCCUUAACCAGGCUGCCCCUCUCUCCAUUCUGGGCCAUUAUCUUUUUCCUGAUGCUCCUCACUCUUGGACUUGACACAAUGUUCGCCACCAUCGAGACCAUAGUGACGUCCAUCUCGGAUGAGUUUCCAAAGUACCUCCGCACACACAAGCCCGUCUUUACGCUGGGCUGCUGCAUUUGUUUCUUCAUCAUGGGCUUUCCCAUGAUCACUCAGGGUGGAAUCUACAUGUUCCAGCUCGUGGACACAUACGCUGCCUCCUAUGCCCUUGUCAUCAUUGCCAUCUUUGAGCUUGUGGGGAUCUCCUAUGUGUAUGGCUUGCAAAGAUUCUGUGAAGACAUAGAGAUGAUGAUUGGAUUCCAGCCCAACAUUUUCUGGAAAAUCUGCUGGGCGUUUGUAACCCCAACCAUUCUAACUUUUAUCCUGUGCUUCAGCUUUUACCAGUGGGAGCCCAUGACCUACGGCUCCUACCACUACCCUAACUGGUCCAUGGUGCUGGGAUGGCUAAUGCUUGCCUGCUCCGUUAUCUGGAUCCCAAUCAUGUUUGUGAUAAAAAUGCAUCUGGCCCCUGGCAGAUUUAUUGAGAGGCUGAAGUUGGUGUGCUCGCCGCAGCCAGACUGGGGUCCGUUCUUAGCUCAACACCGUGGGGAGCGUUACAAGAACAUGAUCGACCCCCUGGGAACCUCUUCCCUGGGACUCAAACUGCCAGUCAAGGAUUUGGAACUGGGCACCCAGUGCUAGUCCAGUGGUGUGGAAUGGUCCAGACUUUAAUCCUGUUUGUUCUCCCUGCCUCCCCCUAAGAUUUUUCCCAGGUUCCCUCUCAUUUUUCUUCUUCUUUCCCCUGCAUAUCUUGGUUCACAACCAUUCAUGAACGUGGUCAUGUAGAAAAGUAGGACCUAGUGUCGCAUGCUAUAGUGAGAGCUACACGGACCACUUGAAGUCCUGCUUGUGUCCACGGUGUGCGUUUCCAGACAGGUUGGUUCCCCGAGCACAGUCUCUUCUGGUGGGGACCCUUGGCUCAGCGAGCACCAGAAGGUGUACAUGGCUUGGUUGCCAGAGCAGGAGCUGCUGUAUGUUGUCACGGGGGUGCCAGGCAUAGAAGGGAAGGAUUUCAGGACUGUUCAUUUAGGCAUAUCAGCAUUGCAGAGCCGAGCCACCUAAUCCAGUGAUUCCAUUGAGCCCCCAAAGUUCAGGAUGUGGUACAUUUAGAGGGACAGCAGUGGCCAGACAUUGUUUUGAAUAUAAAGCAAAGCUGGUAGAUCUGGACACCACUGAGGCUGGUAAGUUUAUAGUUCCAGCCAUCAGCAGACCCAUGUCCUCAUCUGGAGCAAGGGUACCACCCACUCAGUCGCUCCUGUCCUGCAUGCUGUGGGGCUGAGAAAACGUCCAUUCUUUGCCCUUAGUCAUCUUUUUUUUUUUUUUUUUUAAAUGGCUAUAUUUGUGAGAUCUUUUGGUCCUUUCUUUUCCUCCCUACACAAGAAGCCAUCCUAUAAUUUGUGCCUAGUUUUGUAUGUUCGUAGCAGAGCUCCACUGUGGUUUCUAUGUGAUACCUAGUAUCACAGUUCAGUGUCAUGGUCCUUUGUUGCUUCUCCUUUAAGUGUCUUUCUAUCAUCUGUAGAUACCUUGUCUUUCAGCCUCUGGGAGAACAAGACUUACCCUGGUUCUGUCUAUAUAUUAUAUAUAUAAGACACAAACUCUUAAGAGAUGGAUAGUUUCUCAAUUUUUACUCAACUUUUUCAUUCACAGUAAAUGCCAGUUGUGGUCAUAGAGAAAUCAACCACACGAAGAACUUAAUGGAAAGGAACCAUAAUAUUCACUGCUCGAGUCACACAUCUUAGGUCUGUGUUUACAGAAAUUUCUGAUAAAUGCAGUUUAGGCAAGUAGUGAGCGAUCCAGUUAAGACUAUAGCUUUUAAGACUACAUUUAGCCAAUUCAGUUUUAAGAGUUUCCUAUUCACAGUGCUCAUUGUAACUGCACUCUAAUGAGAGCGAAUCAUAUCUCUGCAGAGAUUGGAGAAGCCGUAACCUUUAUUCUCUUCUUGUAUCCUGAACAUGCAUAUAUGAAAUUUUUUAAAUGUGAUAUGUACUUAUGUAAUGUGUACUCGUAGUGGUGUUUUCUGUCCUUAUAGAUAUCUUAGAAAUCACUAUAGAGACAGUGAGUUUAGAAUAGUGUAGUCUGUGCUUUUUUUUCUUUAUAAUAUUAAUAUCUAACCCUAAAAUUGUUUCCUUUAGGGGAGACCAUUUCAAUCAUUUUCUUGCUCAUUUGUCUUCAUAUUACAGGGUCUCAGGCAAAAUAUUCAGCUCAAAUCUUGUAUAUUGACAUGGCAUUUUCAUCCUGUUCAACAGUAAUGAAACCCAACAACAGUCUUUAGUGUUAACAUUUUAAAAAGAUGGCUUCAUUUGUAUCUGAAGUGUCUGAACUAUUUUUUCCCAAGUCCUUCCUUUUUUAGGGCAAAGAGCCUCACCAUUUGCCUACAAGGCUGUGACUGUCUGGGUUUCCAGAGUAGCCUGGGAAAGGUGUUGGGAAAAGAAACAGAUAAGUUUGAAUGUGGGAUUUUCAUGUCUUGGCUGCAGUAGGUUUGCCCUCUCUCUUCCUGUCCUCUUCCCCUUGUCUCCCAGAGCUGGACCUGGCUGACACUUUCACAGAAAAUGACCCCAGAGUUUCUCCUAAGCUCACUUUCAGGAAGUUGAGGUGUGGUCUUGCCUGUCCAGGGUUUGCCUUCAUGACCUGUUUGCCAUCAAAUUUCCCCCAAGAAAGCCAUAUUGAUGAGGAGCCCGUUUCCGUACCAGAUGUCACAGGGUGGUACCAAAAAUUAGCCUCAACAAUUGAUGUCUGGAAGAGAGGAGGGAGGAAUAGGUUGGGUCUGGAAAUAAUCUGCAGCCUUUCCAAUCCGAAGGUGGAAGAAAAGAUCUUAAAUUGAUUAGUAUUCUCCCAGGGGAUUAGUUUGUUCAUGUCAGGAUGAAUGGGUUUUGGCUUUCCUUUUGCCUCCUGGCUGAAACUGAGCCUGACCCUGGACACCAAACCUAUUUCUGCUAAUUAUUGCUUUUGUGACUACAAGGAGGGGGAGGCCCCAUGAAUGCUGCCAUUUACAAACUGAAAACUAACUCAGUUGUGAGACUGGAGACCUCCUCAUUAGGUAGUGUGUUUUGCAGUUGGGGGUAGCUAUACUGCAUUUGUGUGUAUUAGGAUUUGCCCAGCAAAACCCAGUAGUGGCCUGCUAAAUAGCUAGCCUCCCCCACCAACCUCUGUGCCCUACAGUUUUCAAAUUUCAUAUACAGUUUGCUUAAAGAGACUUGCUCAGGUGAAUGGUUCCAAACUUAGCUGGAAAUGAUGAGCUUUUAAAUUUAGUUUUGUCAAUUUGUAUAGCCACGUUGGAAUUUGAGGCUUUCUCUGGCAGGAGGGUCCAGCUUCCCAGAUGUGUCCAGACGUCUUUCGUCCAUAGUGUGAUGCUUCCCACAGACUUGGCUGGGAUGCUCAGAGCUGAGAUGUAUCUGACCAGACGGCUUGCUUCCAUGCUAUUAAAAAUGUGCAGUUAAUUGGAAGGAAAAAAACCCCCAACUGAAUAAAAAUAAAAUGAGUAGCAUGGUUAUAACCUACCACCCGAAGAGUUCCCUUCAAACUGGGGAAAAUUGAGUUGCUUAGGAAAGGCUUUCAUUGGGUCACUGUGCAGAGUGGUUGGGACAUUUUCCACCUGUGAAAUUAUUUCCUAAUAUCAACAGAUGUCAGAAACCUAUUCAGAGAAAAACAAGCCAUAUUGAAAAUCAGUAACCCCGUAAUUUCCUUAAAAGAGAAAAACAUGUAUGUUUCUUGACUACUGGUAUUGCGGCUUCUUAUGCAGAGAUUUGUCUUGUAUAUUAGUAACUUUUAAUCUUUUUGUCACGUGCUGAGUUUGUGAUGUGCAAAUGUGUCUUUAGUAAUUGUUUUUUUCUAAUAUAUUUAUUUAUUGCAUGAAAUCUGUGAUCAAUGCAAAAUCUGAAUGACCUCAACGCCUUUGAAAUUUCCGAUGAGUUUUUAAUAUGUAAGAAAUGUAAUCAGCUUGUAUUGCAGUGAGCAGCAUCUUACGAAGAGUUUAAUGAAAUGAUCUUUGGGUAAGACUUGAGAUGCCUUUAUGCCACUGUGGGGUUGGGAGUUGAGUUUUGUUUAUGUUUCUGUCCUGUUAUCUACGUGUGCCUCUGCUUCUUGUCCACCUUCUUCUGUCAGCGUGGUUUCCCCAUGCCUAAAAGUAGAGCUUUCUUUCUUCUCUUGUCCCUGGCUCUCAGUCACUGUCCCCGUCCCAGAGGCUUUUACCAAAACUGUUGCUCAGUAUGGGUGGUGGCAGAAUCACACCGCGGUGGUCGCUCCUAGAUGUGCAUCUGUGAUGCAGUCCUUGGAGGCAGACAGCUUGGGUGAGAGUACGCUGCACGGCAGGUUGUCUUGCAGGGACAAAAGGUCAAGGCCAACAAAUGAGUGUCUCCUGUGUUUCACACUGGGUAUCACGCAGAAAACUUGCAGGCUGGAAGCAGAGGCAGGCCAUUCCAUCUUGAUAUGCAUUUUCCCACAAAGUGGCCCUGAGAUUUGAAAAGUGAAGCUUCCUGUCUUGCCCAGAUUUCACUGUGGUUGUCUGGAAAGGCCAAGGAAUUAUCAAUUGUGGUCUCUGCCCAGGUUGCAUCUGAGUGGCCUGCAGCCAGAGAGAAAGUGUUUGCAGACUGAAUGUUCAUCAUCUCGAAAAGCGACCAGUGGUUUGAUUUGCCUGCCAUGGAUGAAAUACAUCUUCAGGAGACUAUUUGCCUGCUAGGUGUAUUUUGUUGUUAAGGUGAUACUUAGUAAUUCACUGGGAAUUGUUUUCUCUCUCGUUUGUUGGUCAUUUUUGCACUUUAUUAUGGACCUAUCAGGGAAUAGGUUACUUCUUAAAUUGUGUACUUGGAUAAUAUCCUAAAUGCAAGCAUCUUAUGUGGAUACUGUUGCACAUGAAUAAAGAUAUGUUCGCUAAUCAGGUCUUUCUAUUUUUUCAUUAACUGUACAUGAAGAAUAUAUGUUAUGUUACAAAUGACACAUCAUAGAUACCUUCUAGAGUACAUAUUAUAUUCUGUGCAUUAUUUACUUGCAAAGUCAUUCUUGAGGCCCUACCUCAAAUUUUGUAUUUAUGUGUAUAAAUGCAACUUAAUGUAUUAUAUAUUUGCAUAUUACAUACAGAUAUAAAUUAGAAUUUAUCCUAAUAAUGUAUGAGUCCACAAAACCCUAAAUAAA